UUGCAGAUAUGAAGGUGGCAGUGAAAAAUAAAGUUCCUCUUGUAAGAUCGUUGACAUUCAGAUGUGUUACAUUCUGUAUUAAAACAGUGACAAAGCAACCAUACUUAAGGUUCACAAGGAACAUGUUCCCAUAUGUAUGGAGUCCCUAAUGAUGGAACUCCUGAUGUGAGGAAUGCAGCAUUCUCAGCUUUAGCGGCUAUUUCCAAGGUGUGGUUCAAUCUUCUCGAGGAGUUAUGACCACGUGGUUUCCUUUGAACUAGUAGAAUGAAUAUGAAGAAACCACUUGGCGGAUCUUUGCUGCAGCAACUUCAUAGACUGGCAGAAGCUAGAGUUGUUGAACUCACCAAUCUCUUAUCAGCUUUUGGAGAAAAGACUUAUGCCGGAAUUCCCGACAAGACGUCAGGAACGAAUAAGGAACAGCUUCAAGCUAUAGCUCCUGCACUGGAUAAACUAUGGAAACAAAAGGAUGAGAAGACAAAAGAGUAUUCUGAUGUUCAAUCUCAAAUAAAGAAGAUAUCUGCAGAAUAUUUGGGAUGUAAGUUGGUGAAAAUGACGAAGAACGUGACAAAAUUCUUCUCAAUUGGAUCAAGAACAUUGGCAGAUGCUAGAGUUGAACUCACCAAUCUAUUAUCAGCUUUUGGAGAAAAGACAUAUGUCGGAAUUGUAAGUGAUGAACCUCAUGGUGUUCGAUAA